UGUCCGUCCAUUCUUCUUUUCUCCCUCCUGUCCCACACUCUUCCCCCAUUUCAGAAGGGCAAACCCCCUCCCACAUACUUCUCCGCGCUUCAUCACCAUCACCCCACCCUUCUCAACAUGGACGUCCUCCAAAAAUCCGUCCUGGACCCUCUCCAGCCCGUGCUCCGUCCGAUCGUCUCAGCCGUGCCCGAACCCGUCCACGAUGCGAUCGUCUCGCUAAUCGGCCAAUCCUGCCACAACGCCCUGGUGGUCGACCUGGACGUCAGCAAAGACCCGGCAUGCACCUCGCUGGCCAUCUCCAAGGCGCUGGGCAUCGCGAUCGUCGGGGCCAGCGCCAUCGUCAAGGUGCCGCAGAUCCUGAAGCUGAUCGGUUCGCGCUCGUCGGCCGGCGUGUCGUUCGUCUCGUAUGCGCUGGAGACGGCCAGCCUGCUCAUCACGCUGUCGUACAGCGUGCGCAACCAGUUCCCCUUCAGCACCUUCGGCGAGUCGGCCUUGAUUGCCGUGCAGGACGUCGUGGUGGGCGUGUUGGUUCUGGUGUUUGCAGGUCGGUCCGCCGCGGCGGCGGCGUUCGUGGCGGUCGUCGCGGCCAGCGUGUAUGCCUUGCUGUUCGACCAGACGCUCGUGGAUGCGAAGACAAUGUCGCUGCUGCAGGCUGGUGCGGGCGCGCUGGGUGUGGCCAGCAAGGCGCCGCAGAUCUACACUAUCUGGCGGGAAGGUGGCACUGGCCAAUUGAGUGCUUUUGCCGUCUUCAACUAUCUCGCCGGCUCGCUGUCGCGCAUCUUCACGACCCUGCAAGAGGUGGACGACAAGCUGAUUCUGUACGGUUUCAUUGCGGGCUUCUCGCUGAACUUGAUCCUGGCGAGCCAGAUGCUGUACUACUGGAACAGCCCGGCCAAGUCGCAGGGCAAGAAGACCAAGGGCAAGCCCAUCGCCAGUGCGACGAGCACCUCGACCCCGAAGCCAACAGCCACAAGCUCCGGAAUCUCGUCGCCCAAGCCGUCGGGCAAGACCCCGACCACGCGGAGACGGGGUUAAUAGCUUCACUUCUAUAUCCUUUUUUCAAAAGCAUAAUCCAAAGCCAAGCUCUUCC